AAGUCAUCAUGAUUCUUUUUGGUGUUUUAGCUACACUAAUACCACUAAGUUAUUGUCAAAAUGCUGUAUUGGGAUUUGAAAAAACCUGCUAUAAGGUUGAUGACACUUUGACCAUUGACGCUGUUUAUAAUGGAACUGGAACACCCCAAUUAGUCACUUGGACAUAUUCAGGGUCAAAUCUGAUUGUUGAAACUACUGGAUGUACUCUGUUUAAUAAUGUGCCUGCCGGAUUCCCCAACGCUUCAAGAAUAACACAAAAAUGUGUUACUACUGAUUUGUCUUUACCUGAAAAUACUUACCAGCUAAUAGUGAGUGACUUACUAAAAGAUGAAUUGGGAAAAACAUGGGCUGUCACUUUUACUCCACCAGUUGGAGCAGCACCAACAGCUGUGCAAUCACCUGUCCCUUCUGAUUGUUCUAGUAAGUAUACACUUAUUUAG